UGUCGGUGUUAUUUGUGUCAAAUAACACAUAAAAUACACACACACUACACACAGAACCUAACUGAAAGCAAGUUGGUUACCAGGCUCGCUUAGCUACUCGAGGAAGUUGCGCAAAAAUAAAGCACAACGAAUACUUAAAGGAUAGCCCAUGUCUCAAAAUGCUUCCAAUCUGGGUCAGCAGCGGCGUCCCGAAGAAUCUUCUGAAGUACAAGAUGUAAGCUUCAAUUCGAGCAGUGAGUAUGCCGAAUGGGAUCGAGGGUCCUACGAGCGUAAAAAGGAAACACGCCCACGGCCUGACCAAAAAUACAAACAAAAAGCCAAGUUUACGGCUUACUGUUGCCUUUCGGAUGAUAGCGAUCCAAGCUUGUAUAAGAAAUGCCAAAAGCGAGCGGAAAGUUAUGUCAAACAGUUUAUAGCAGAAAAAGAUGCCGCUGCCAAUUAUCACUUGCCGGAAGAUGUACCUAUAAGGAAUUUCAUACGCAAAGUUGAGCCAGAAACCUUUACCGAUAGCAAAACUGAAUUCGCAAAAUAUAAAGACUUGGCUGAUAAUAAAAUUGAAGGACAAAAAAAACAUUCCGCAAGGGAAGACUUAACGGCUAAUGAAGCUAACCCGAGGGAACAAUCUGACACGGAUAUUAGUCAAUUAUCGCAGUCGUCGAGUGAAGAGUCGAAAACUUUUAGUCAAAUCUAUAGCGAAAUCUACGAGGAGUCACGAGCGCGACAGGAAAAAGCCGAGCAGAUCUACAGAGUAUAUACCAAUAAGGAAUCUAAGCGAAAGGAAGAAAAAAGAGAACACUAUAUAAGAUCCAAAUCCGGACAACGUACAGCGCGUUGGGUAGAGUACUUGGGUCAGCCCCAUAUUUCCAAUGAGUACUCAACGGAGGGUUCAAACGAAAGCGACAAGGAUUCGGAAUACUUUCAAUCAUCAGUGAAUGAUAAUUAUUUUACCGAAGAGGAUUAUCAAUAUUUAAUUCAAGAACAAUUGCAUGUCAUAGCUCGUUAUCAGCAAGAAUCACGCAGUGGCUAUAACACCUAUAUUGAAGAGUACAUAAGUGAGCUGGCAGGGGCUUCUGAUGGAGAUCAGGUAGCUAUUGGGAGCCAACCAUCACACGGGGAUGCAAAGGACUCUUUGAGCGAACAAGGGGACAGACAAUCCAAAGACCAGAAAACUCAUGAAACUGAACCAUCUGUAGUGCGCAGCAGCAAAGCUUGUUCUCUUGAAUUUACACAAAAAAGUUUAAAGUCAAAUAAUAACGAUAUCGGAAAAACAGAAGUGCUGCAAUUUGAACAUUGUGAUAUAUAUCAUAUAAGGCCAACCGGCAAUAGAAUUUGUUCUGUGAAAAAAUUUAAGAAAACUCCAGUUGAAGCUGUUUUCAAUGAUCGUGACGAAAGAAGUCAUCAAGACUGCACCGAUUUUGAGUACAAUAAAAGCGAGGACUUAAAUAAUUCAAGAAAGUUACUGAAACCAAUUGAAGAGCGGACGUCCCAGGGAAGUGCAGCUAAGGGAAAAGCUGAUCAAGCUGAAUUGAAAGAGAAUGCUGCCAUUUGUUCUUUCAAGCGCAUCGAAGAGCGCAGAUCUCGCGAAAGUGAAAAAAUUAAAAUAGAUAGUCCGAAGAGUUCCAUAAAAUCUACUGAAGAGCGGAAAUCCCGGCGAAAUAUAGCUGAUCGAAAAGCUUCUCAUUGUAGCAGCUGUCAAGAAAGUUUUAAUAGUAAGCAAAUGGAAGCAGAUAGUUUAAAGAGUUCCUUAAAACCUACUGAAGAGCGGAAAUUACGACGAAAUGUAGCCCAACGAAAAGGUGAUCAUAGCAAGGACGCAAAAGUAAAUGGUUUGACAGACUCUUCCAAACGGGUUGAUGAGCGCAGUUCCUGGCAAAGUGUCAACACUGAACAAAUUAAAGCAGAUAGUCCGAGUUCCUUAAAAUCUACUGAAGAUCUCAAAUUUCAGCUAGGUAUAGCUAAACGAAAAGCGGAUGAAUACAAGGAUCUAAAAGAGAAUGCUUCUAUAGAUUCAUCCAUGCGAGUUGAUGAGCGCAACUCUCGGGAAACGAGCUUUACUAAAAGAUCUAAAAGUCAAUCAAAUUGCUAUCAAUCAGAGAGCUUUGUUAGGGACGUUGAAGAGCCCAAGUCGCAGAUAUUUAAAAAGAGAUGCGUUCCCUGUGAGCAAAGCGAUACCGACUUCUCAAAGCCCAAGUCACGGCUACCACCAUAUAAUCUUAAAAAAUCAGGGAAGACCUACAAUAAAAGUCACAAGGCGCUUCAAUCCCCAACGAAUUUAAAUUGUCCCAGCGAGAGAUGCACAAAGAAUUUUGAGAUAACCCCUCUGGAGGCUAUUGAUAGCUCUCUGUUGUAUGCGAAUGAAGAAGUUAGCGUCGAUGAUUACUAUUUAAGCAGCAAAGGUGCGACUUCAGACAGUUCCCUAAUUAGCACAUCACGAUCUAUGCAGAGUGCGCCCAAGACAUAUCAGGAUCGUGCGAGCAGUCCCAUACAGAUCAUUUACAGCGAGCCAAGCGAUAGCUUCGAAAUGGAGCUAGACAUGACGCCCACAAUUCAGGAAAUGGAAGAGGAAAUUGCUGACAAUGAGGCUGACGAUGAGGCUGUUGUGGGGGAGUGCCAUGUGGCAAUGGCAGAGAGUGAGAGAUCUACGAAAAGUAAGUUGUCCAAGGAAUGCUCCCAGACAAGCAUAGCCAGCGAGGAGAAAGGAGUCCAAUAUCCCAGCGGCGAUGAGCUGGGUGAUUCGUCAAAGAAACAGAAGCGAGCCCUUAAAAUAUACAACCUGGAUGAGGCCCUACUAAAAGUGCCCAAGGACUUCAAGGGCAAAGCGAUUGUGUUCGACAAUGAGGAUGAAUUGCUGGACAUAAGUCUAAGCGACGACGAUCUCCAGCUGCAGGCCAAGCUACAGGCAGCUGUCUGGACCGAUGCCACAAAGGAAGGCAGCUCCAACAAUAUCAGCUGCAAUUCGCUGCCAAGUGGGGAUAGUCGGACAAGCAGCAGCAGCAGCGCUUUCAGCAUCUGCAGCUACCAGCCCAGCGAGCGUUUCUAUAGACGCACUCAGCCGGAAGAUGAUGACGACCUGAAGAUACCCGAACCGGACAUGGACACGCAGCCGAUCACCUAUGAGUUACAUGUGGCCCGACUCGCCGAGCGUGCGCUGCGAGCUUGUACUGACUACUACCAAAGGGGCGUCCAGUUGAAACCGGAGCUGGAACAAGAUAUUGCAGCAAAGGUGCAAAUGCUAUACAAUUCGGAAAUGCAGUUUAAUACGCCGAAGCGCCUUAUCAAACGGGAGGAGAUCCUCAAACAGUUCAAUCUGCGACUGCAACAACAGCUAAACCUAAUCGCGCCCAGCUUUCAAUAAAGCAAACAUAAACACACACAAACAUACACACACACAGAAAGGAUACAGCACAACAUCUUCCAUAUAUAUCCCAUAUAUUUUCUAUAUGAACAUAAAGUUCAGCUUAUAAAAAUCAA